AUGGUAUUAAACACGCGGUUUUAAAUAUGUGGAUUAUUCUAGACCAGGACUGUGACCCGAAUAACAUUCUCGUCAGGCCCUCCGUGUUUCUCCACAAGUUUAGCUGCAAGGUGGUAAAAAUGAAGUGUUUAUUAUUAAUAGCAUUUUUACAAGUGGCUCACACAGGCACAGUUAACGCUAUAAAGUCAGCAAAAGCAGAAAAUACGUUAACAAGAAAACUACGAGAAGAAUUAGAUUUAAUAACUAGAGGGGACUGUGGUGAAGGCAUGUUUAGAUGUGAUCAAGGAAGAUGUAUAAGACAUGAAUAUAUGUGUGAUGGGGAACAUGAUUGUUUUGAUGGCAGUGAUGAAUCUGUUGACGCGUGUGUAAGGCGAGUGUGUGAUAAAGACGAAUAUUUUAGAUGUAAAGAUGGGCGAUGUGUACCACUUAGGUGGUAUUGUGAUGGUGAUAACGAUUGUCUUGAUGGUAGCGAUGAGCCAAGCGUCUGUGGACAGAGGUCGACUCUACAUGAUUACCACGAAUCGUUGAGAAAGGAACGAGCCUCAGAAUGCUCCUCGGAUAAAAUACGAUGUAAAAAUGCCUAUUGUAUACCUAAAACAUACCUCUGUGAUGGCGCUAAUGAUUGUCCUGAACAUGAUGAUGAACAGAACUGUAAUAGAAAAGAACGAGCAUCAGAUUGUUCCUCGGAUAAAAUACGAUGUAAAAAUGCCUAUUGUAUACCUAAAACAUACCUCUGUGAUGGCGCUAAUGAUUGUCCUGAACAUGAUGAUGAACAGAACUGCGUGGGACAGAGAUCGGAUCUACAUGAUUACCACAAAUUGUUAACAGCAGAACGAGCCUCGGAAUGUUCCUCGGAUAAAAUACGAUGUAAAAAUGCCUAUUGUAUACCUAAAACAUACGUAUGUGAUGGCGCUAAUGAUUGUCCUGAACAUGAUGAUGAACAGAACUGUAACUAAAUAAUAAAUGACAUAUCCUGAGUUAAAGGGUUGUUUACAAUAGUAUCCUAGCGAUAUUAUAAUGUAAUAGCUUCCGCUAUUUUAUAUUCUAGUCAGCCAAAAGCGUUAAAGUUCAAGUUUUCAUUUUAAGCUAAUCAUAUUGUCAAUUAUGGCAAUCUAUAUAAAAUACAGGUUUUAAUGGC